AUGAAAAACUACACUAUAAUUACAGAGUUUGUGCUCUUGGGAAUAUCAGGCAAUAGAGAGCUUCAGGUAGUAAUCUUCGUCUUUUUAUUAAUAACUUACAUAGUAAGCAUCAUUGGAAACCUAACCAUCAUAAUGCUCACAUUGCUGGACUCUCACUUAAAGACUCCUAUGUAUUAUUUCCUUCGUAAUUUCUCCUUUUUAGAAAUUAUGUUCACCAGUGUUUCCAUUCCCAGAUUUUUAGCAUCAAUAAUUACUCAAGUCAAGACCAUUUCAUAUAAUAACUGUUUGGCUCAGUUAUUUUUCUUCAUCUUCAUGGGGGUGACAGAAUUUUUUCUUCUAACCACUAUGUCUUAUGAUCGCUAUAUUGCCAUCUGCAAGCCACUUCACUACACCCUCAUCAUGAAUCAGAAAGCCUGCACCCUUUUUGUCCUCACCUCAUGGCUAGCAGGAUUCCUGACCAUCUUCCCACCACUUAUGCUGGUCCUAAAGUUGGAUUUCUGUGCUUCCAAUGUCAUCGACCAUUUCUGCUGUGACUAUUUUCCCCUUUUACAGCUGUCUUGCUCAGACACCUGGCUCCUAGAAGUGACUGGUUUCUAUGUUGCUCUGGUUACUCUACUGUCCACGUUGGCAUUGGUGAUUUUAUCUUACAUGUGCAUUUUCAGGACUAUUUUAAGAAUUCCAUCAGCCAGUCAGAGAAAAAAGGCUUUCUCCACCUGUUCCUCUCACAUGAUUGUCAUCUCCAUGUCUUAUGGAAGCUGUAUAUUUAUCUAUGUGAAGCCAUCAGCAAAUGAAAGAGCAUCACUCACCAAAACAGUGGCUAUUCUCAGCACUUCAGUUGCUCCCAUGUUGAACCCUUUUAUUUAUACCUUGAGGAACCACCAAGUAAAACAAGCUUUUAAAGACUUGGUUCAUAAGGUAGGGUUUUACAGAAACAAAUGA